AUGGCUAGUUUGAACGAGUGUAUAGUCUGUUCACCUAUUAAACAAUGGACAGAUAUACUUCAAUGGUCAUCCUUAAAUUUAAUGAAGCCUAUAUGUUGUAAAUUAUUUAAACGUCUGAAUUCUUGUUCAAAGCGAAAAGUUUUAUUUUGUCAUGAUAUGAAAGGCGGUUAUUUAGAAGAUAAAUAUCGUCAAGGAUGCUAUUCAUCUGAUGCAUAUCGUUUUUAUUUUUGGAGCAUAAUUGAUAUAUUUUGUUAUUUUUCACAUGAAUUGGUCACAAUUCCUCCUGUUGUCUGGAUUGAUUGUGCCCAUCAAAAUGGUGUCAAAGUAUUAGGUACAUUUAUAACAGAAUGGGAUCAGGGGAUGUUGAUUUGUCAAGAAUUACUUGCAUCUGAUGAAAUAAUUAAUCAAAUUACUACGCAAUUAGCCGAAAUUAUGUUCUUUUAUAAUUUUGAUGGUUGGUUACUUAAUAUUGAAAAUAAAAUACCGUCUGGUGAUAUCAAUCGACUAUUAUCCUUCGUUGAGAAACUUAAACAAGCUUGUGCAAGAAAAGAUGCUAAUAGCAUUGUCUUAUGGUAUGAUUCAGUAACAACUGAUGGUGAUUUAAAGUGGCAGAAUGAAUUGAAUGCAUUGAACAGACCCUUUUUUGAUGUGUGUGAUGGCAUCUUUUUGAAUUAUACAUGGACUGAAGAUAACCUUAAAAGGUCAAAAGUGGAAGCAAAUGAGCGUUAUCUCGAUGUAUUUGUGGGAGUUGACGUGUGGGGACGAGGAUGCUUAGGUAACGGGGGAUUCAAUACUUGCGAGGCUAUGUCCGUUGUUCAAAAUACUGAAUUGAGCACGGCAUUAUUUGCUCCAGGAUGGGUAUAUGAACACUUGGGUGGUGAAAAUUUCAAGGAAAAUGAAACAAAAUUUUGGAAUUUAUUGAAGCCUUAUGUUAAUGAAUAUUCAUUACAAAUACAAUCGUUUUCGACAACAUUUUCAGAUGGUUCGGGACUUCAAUUUUUUAUACAUGGCCAGAAAUUUUCUACAAAUAUCUGGCAUCAUCUUGGUCUCCAACAGUACAUGCCAUACAUUAAUAGUCAAAUUUCGAUUUCACAUGAUGACGCCUAUUUUGCUGGUUCAUGUCUGCUUUUCAAAGAAACUGGUUGUUUUAAUCUGUUUAAAUGCGUUUUGCCGAUCGAAUCAGAAAUGGAAGUAGUCUAUAUAAGACCAAUUGUAAAAGAAUCAUCACUUAGUAUUUAUUCUCAUACUCCGACACAAUUGAUUCAUUCCAUAGAGCGAUUAGAAUUGAAUUCGAGUACGAUUGCACACACUGUACGAUUUAACACUUCACAGUCAUUAUGCAUACACAAUACCGAUGAACGUCGAAUUAUCUAUGUAUUUCAUCGUGAUGAAUUUGAACAAUAUACAUUUAUUGGUGCUACAUAUCAACCGUCUUUUAUGAACGUAUCUGAUUUAGAGAUAUGUAAUUUAGCUUAUGAGAAACAGUUUGAUGUUUUGAAAUUAAAAAUUGAAGAAGAUCCAAAUUGUAUUAAAAAGAAGGAUCGUGAUCGACGAACAAUUUUACACUGGGCUUGUUCAAGCGGUGCAACAGAUAUUGUUGAAUUUCUGUUAACAAAAUAUCGUUUACCCGUUGAUGAUGCCGAUGAAACAGGAUGGACACCGUUAAUGAUUGCUGUGUCUACUGGACGAUUGGAUAUUGUUCGUAUGUUACUAGAGAAAAAUGUUGAUGUUGAUCAACAAAAUGUUGCCGGUGCUCGUCCACUUCAUUAUGCUUGUUCAAAAAAUUAUUAUGAUGCACGUAACAAUAUUGCUAAGUUACUUCUUGAACAUGGUGCUGAUGUUAAUGGUACUGACAAAUAUCAACAGACUCCGCUUGAUCGUGCUUGUUCAAAACGAAAUUUUAAAAUAGUUGAACUACUGUUAAAAGAUCCAAAAUGUGAUUUAAGUUUGCAUAAAGAGUGUGAAAAUGAAAAUCAUACACACAUCAAAUAA